UGUGCAGUGGACCUGCUUAAGUGAAGUCAGUCGUUUAGUUUCAUUGUCAGUGAAAGUUUAUGUCUACUUGAACAUUCAUACCAGUUGUCUUUCUCGUUGAAUUGUGACCAUGGGCCCUGUUGGGGUGGUCGUCAUGAUACUCUGCAUCACAUCAGUCACAGCCGAUGGUAACACUGAGGAGCCGUUGACAGUGGAGGCCAUAAUCGACAAGCUUAAGGAAAUGGUGGAAGAAUUUGUUCCCGACAAAGGCAAGGCGAAAAUGCUCCUCGAGAAGAUAGAAGACGCUCGUGAGUGUGUUAACAUGACAGAGGGAAUGAGAGAAGAGAUACUGAAGCAGCUCAUUGAAGGCAUGGUCCCGACCUUCGCAGAAUGUCGCGACAGGGCCAAGGAUAUGACGGAACCCGAGCAAAAGAAAUCUGCUAUGAAAGAGUGCUUCAAGGAGAAAGCGCAGAAAUUCAAGGAAAUCACUGGAAUGACGGAAGAAGAAACUACGAUGCUUCAGAAAACCGAAAAUUGCAUUAGCGAAAAGUUUCAGCUUUGAACCUUGGGGAAUGUCGACAAAGCUGUAGGUUCAACUUUUAUUGACCGACACCAGGUUGCAUUUUGCCGGCCAGUAAGAUUCCAUGCAAUAAAG